CAAUUUUGAUUGGCGAAGUGACGAGAAACUUACCCACGCGUCAAUUUUCAACCAAAAAUGAAAAUUCAAUUAAGCAGAAGGAUCGUAGAAACCAGGGGCCUCGGCAGCGGAGAAUUCAAUCUGCAAAAACCGUCAUUUGACGCGUUUCGCGGCUAAAUUAUUGAGUUUAUUGCACAGAAGAAUCGAAUCAAUCAGAAGAUCAAACACCAAAUCUUUCGUUCGAAUUGCUCUGAUUGAUGCAACUGUGAAACGGGAAAUGGCAGAGAAGAAGAAGGAUCCGGCCAGUGGGAGAUGGCUAUGGGUUCUUGGAGCCGCCCUUACAGUCUUUUUCGCAAUAGCAGCAGCUCCGAAGAUCUCUCUUUUCGGUCGCAAUGCGCACAAGCCUUGCGAGUGUGCGGAUUCACCCAAGUAUACUGGAAUUGUAGAGGAUUGUUGCUGCGAUUAUGGGACUGUUGACAGUCUUAAUGAGGAAGUGUUGCAUCCACAGCUCCAAGAGCUCGUUAAAACCCCAUUUUUCCGGUAUUUCAAGGUUAAAUUGUGGUGUGAUUGUCCUUUCUGGCCUGAUGAUGGUAUGUGCCGUCUCCGGGAUUGCAGCAUCUGUGAAUGCCCAGAAAAUGAGAUUCCAGAGACAUUCAAGAAGCCUUUCAAUCAAGGGCUUUCAUCUGACGAUUUGGUGUGCCAAGAGGGAAAGCUAGAGGCAAUUGUUGACCGCACUCUAGAUACUAAAGCUUUUAGAGGAUGGAUAGAAACAGACAAUCCAUGGACAAACGAUGACGAGACUGACAAUUCUGAGAUGACAUAUGUAAAUCUCCAGCUGAAUCCUGAGCGUUACACUGGCUAUACUGGUCCAUCAGCUAGGAGGAUAUGGGAUGCUAUUUACACAGAGAAUUGUCCAAGAUGUAAGUUUUUCUUUGUGCAGUUUUAAACUUCGUAUGGCUCU